AUGUCCUCACCAACCACAGUUCUAAUCGCAGGAGCAGGACUCGGAGGACUCAUGAUGGCGAUUCUACUGGAUCGCGCCGGCAUCGACUACAUCGUCUUCGAAAAGUCCGAACACUUGCGCGCCCUGGGAAGCGCAACCAACCUCGGAUGCAACAUCCUCCCUCUCUUUGCUCAACUCGGUCUCCAAGAUGAACUCCACAAGAUCUCUAAACCGUCAAGUACCGUCAACGUCUACAACGAAACCAUGGAGCGUAUCGGGCACAUUAACUAUGAAGAGUACAUCUCCACGUGUGGUUAUGUAUCGAGGACGAUGGCGAGACCAGACCUCCACGCUCUUCUCCUAGCCCAAGUUCCAGCAUCGAAAAUCCAACUCGGCAAAAAGAUCCAAGAAGUCUGCCAAGAUGCCUCCAAGGUGACCAUCCUCUGCUCGGACGGCUCAUCCUUCCAGGGGGACCUGCUCAUCGGCUCUGACGGAGCCUACAGCAGAGUCCGCCAAAGUCUCUUUCAUCAGCUGGACAAACAACACCUCCUGCCAAAAGCCGAUGCCGAGAGCCUUAGGGCUUGCCACAUGAGUGUCCUGGGGAUCACUCGACCUGUUGAUCCUGAGAGCAGUAAUGUCGACAACAUCGCCAACGACAACAACAACAACGGCAACAGCGUCUCGCCUCAGCCCUCUGCCUUGUCGGCGACCAAUGCAUUGUCCGCAAACGUCUCACCAAACCCUCAAGCCAAAAUUAGUUCUUGUACCACCAUCUCCCUUUCCACCUCUUCAACAACCAUCGCAAGUACCUCCAUGGACACAACGACAACAACGACAGCCGUCACUGCCGCCGUGAACCUAUCAGAAUGGGGCACAGAAUCAUCUGACGCCAUCCCAGAAGACUGGCGCAAUUUCCCCUGCCCAAUCGGGGGCACCAUGGGCGACCUCUUUGACCAGACUCCUCGCGAAGUUGUCUCAAAGGUUGUACUGGAAGAAAAGUUGUACCAGACCUGGUACCACGGCCGUGUGGUAUUGAUCGGCGACGCCUGCCACAAGAUGCUCCCCAAUUCCGGACGAGGUGCAGUGAAUGCGAUGUUGGACGCGGUGGUGUUGACGAACGCCUUGUAUGAAAAGGUGGUGUUGUCGGCGAGUGUUGAGAAUGUCCAAGAGGCAUUUGAGGAGUACUAUAAGGAGCGGUACCCGCAUGCUGUUGCGGAAAUUGAGCGGAGCAAGCGUAUGGCUCGAGUUGUCGCCGGUCAGACAUGGUUUGACACGCUGGUCCGCAAGGUGUUUUUCACUCUCUUGCCAAAACGGUUCCAGGAUAACAGCUACGCGGCGAUGCUGACAUACCGUCCACAGCUGUCGUUCCUCCCGUUUGUCAUUGAACGUGGUAGUGUCCCUGCUCUCCCUCAAAGGAAGUCCUCGAGACCGGGUAAGGGGUUCUUCGACGCGCGGGCACUUUAA